CCCUUCUCCAUGCUCCAGCUCUCCCUGCUUGCUUGCUUGCUUGCUUUCGGCUAAAAAUAAAGGCGCAAAAAGGCCACAAGCAACGCAACGCCGAUUCGCAAAGCCAAGCCAUUUCGGCGUCCCCAUCCCCUCCUCCUCGACCCCCUCCAUCUCCUCCAAAGAGUCCAGCGACGGCGGCGCUGCCCAGCGGGAUGAGGCCGGCGGCGGCGGAGGCGCACCAGUCGCGGCUGCUCUACGAGCUCUGCGCGCUCCUGCUGACCAUCCUCCGGUCGUCCCAGGAGGACGGGGAGGGGGCGAGGCCGCGGCCGCUGCUGCCGCGGCAGGUGUCGGCGGCCGGGGUGGCGUCCAUGCUGCUGGGCGCGUCCAUGGCGCUCAUGCUCUGCGGGUCGGUGGCCUUCAUGCUGGGAUUCUUCCUCAUGCCCUGGGUCGUCGGGUUCGGCUGCCUGUUCCUCUUCGUCGGCUUCGUCACCAACCUCUCCGGGAUCUGGAGGGCCAUCCUCCUCUGGCCCACCGCCGCGUGCUCCUCCUCGCCCCAUGAGGCCUCCCCAUGGCAUAUAUUUUCCAAGCCUCCAUUCAUGCCGAUGUGAAGCCUAACGCCAAGUGGGCUCCCACGGAGGUGUAUAGAAGCAGGGAAGUUUGAGCAGACUGUUGUCGUUGCCAACCUAUAUUUUCCUUCCUGGACAACUUUUUACCAUGUAAUACCGCAACAAGUUUUUAAAUGGUUUUAUACUAUGACUAGGAGGAUACUUCUUUGUACAUACGGAAAGAAAGCUCUGGUCUAAUUGUUACGUGGCGGGCUUAUAAUUGUUUCAGAAAUGUUUUAUUUAAGUUCCUUCUCUCAUGUUCAAGAGGAGGGACUGCAAACUCCCAUUUCUUGUACAAUUGAGGUGCCACCAGCAGUUGAAUUUGUAUGCCUUGUGUACUGCAUCCUAAACUGAAAAUGAGAAGAAAGGGUGCUUUUC